UGCUUUGCUGCGCUCUUUCGGAUUAAAAUCUGAUCUUGCAAAGUCCAUGGAGUUUACCACGGACAAAAACACUACUUCGGAAGAUUCUAUUGCCGACAAACAUCUUCCCUGGAAACACUUUCGUCUUCCAUCUUCAGUUCUUCCAUCAGAAUAUGAUAUCUUUCUGCACCCAAAUCUGACGGAAGGAACAUUUUCCGGAAAAGUUUCUAUAAAAUGCAGAGUUGUCCAAGCCACUAAUUUUCUUGUGCUGCAUUCUAAAGACCUGAAUAUUUCUGAUGUUACGGUAAAAUCUUCAACUCAUUCAAAAAUACUGAAUGUGACCAGAUAUCUAGAAUUGAAAGAAAAAGAUCAGUUCUAUGUACAGGUAGACAAUGUAAUACCAAAUGAUACUGAUAUUGUUAUCAACAUGAAAUUUGAAGGAGAAUUUGCACCGACAUGCAAAGGAUUUUAUCUUAGCUCAUAUUUUGAUGAUAGGAAAAAUUCAACAAGGUUAUUAGCAUCUACCCAGUUUGAAACUAUGCAUGCCAGAGAAGCAUUCCCCUGUUUUGACGAACCAGCAAUGAAAGCCAAAUUCUCUGUGUCCAUUGUAAGGGAAAAAGACUACUUUUCGCUUUUCAACAUGCCCAUUAGAUCUUCAACUGCAUAUAGUGAAAACUUAGUGCUGGAUGAAUUCCAUCAAAGCGUCACAAUGAGCUCAUAUCUUGUUACAUUUGUCGUGUGUGAUUUUUCAUCCAUAACAGACAACACAAAAGAUGGCACAAAAGUGACAGUAUAUGCCACGCCUGACCGAAUAAACGAUGCUCGAUAUGCUCUUCAUGUCAUAGUCAUUGUAUUGGAUUACUUCAACAGAUUAUUCGACAUCCCCUAUCCACUACCAAAACUAGAUUAUAUUAGCAUUCCUAACUUUUGUUAUGCCGCUAUGGAAAAUUGGGGACUGAUCACUUCUGCCAAAGAAGCAAUGCUGGUUAGUUCAAAUACUAGCAUCCGGCAAAAGAAUUGGGUAUCCGAAGUGAUCUCUCAUGAACUUGCUCAUCAGUGGUUUGGCAACCUUCUAACAAUGAAAUGGUGGAAUGAUCUAUGGCUUAACGAAGGAUUAGCUACAUUUAUGUCAUACCUUGGUAGAAAAGCACUAAAUGAGUCUUUUGAGAUGGACAUCUGGCUCUAUGACAGAGUUAUAGCCCUUGCUAUGAAAUGUGACCAAAAAAGAUCUUCGGCGGUGGUCUCACCUGUGAACGAUAAAAAGGAUGUUUCCUCAUUCAAUUUCUGCCCGAUUUACAUGAAGGGAGCUUCAAUUAUACAAAUGGUGAGAGAAUUUAUAGGAGAGGCAAAUUUCGACACAGGGAUAAAAAACUACUUGAGGAAAUAUAACUACAGUAGUGUUGUUACUGAGGAUUUAUGGCAGUCCAUUUCAGAAGUUCAAUCACCAAAGGAGAGAAUAGAUCUGAAAUCUGCUAUGGAUGGAUGGACCAAUCAAAAAGGAUAUCCUAUUGUAACAGUUAGUCGACAGGAAACGGAAGUGAAGAUUUCACAGAUUCAUAAUACCUUCAACAAAUCACCUACAUCAAAUGCCAGUUAUAAAUGGCAAGUUCCUUUUAUAUAUGGUGUAUUACAGAAGAAUGGGAGUUGGACACGGAAUCGAAUAUGGCUUCAAAAUACAUCAGAAACUUUACACUUGGAAACCAGUGAUAUAUUGGUAAAAGGUAACUUUGGCAGCAGUGGAUAUUACAGAGUGGAUUAUGAUACGGAGACAUGGAAUGUAAUAAUUGAACAGUUGAAAAGAAAUCAUUCGGUAUUUCCAAAGGUAGAUAGGUUAGGUCUAUUACAGGACGCUUUUGAGUUUACAAGAAAUAGUCGCUUGAAUAUAACCAUACCACUUGAAAUAAUGCAAUACCUCACGAAGGAAAAUGAAUUCAUUUUUUGGAUGAAUGGUAUUAGAAGUUUGAGGAACCUGAUAUCCGAUUUAAAAGAGGGAGAUGUUGACAUCAAGAGAUAUUUGGUAAAUGUAGUGAAAACACGAUCAAAAACGUUGCCCUGUGAUCACCAUUAUAGUUCUAGUCCAUAUGAAACAAAACUUCUUUGCGACUUGUUUAGAAAGGUACUUAGUACUUAUGACAAGGAGAACGAGAAAGAAAAACUUUCGAAAAGAUUGAUGGACAAUGGAAUGGAUAAUUCGGAGAGGUUAGAAACCCUCCUAGACAUGGACCCUGUUGAAAAGGUGUUCAGAGAUCACGACCAAAUCAAGUUCUGAAAGAAUAUUUAUCUUACAUGGAUUUAUUCAUGUUUAUUUUGCAUGCUAUCAUAGUUGUAAAAGAUUCAUGGCAAAUAACUAAAGGUUUCAUGCAUUUUAUUAAUUUUUUGGAGUCAGUACGACUUAUCUUUCUUCUUCUUGUUUUGAAGUUGUGUUUUAACUACAAUUUCUGGAAGUCAAGAACCUGUUUAUUUCUGUAAAGAGCUAUAUUUUUGCAUGUUCGUUAUUUAAAGGUAUUUUAGGUGCUUAAGCUGCAUUUUCCCACAAAAAUAGAAGUUCAAAAAAUGUCCUUUUUUUCAUUUUGAACUCGAUCAUGGACCUGUUAAAGCCUCAAAACAACCGUCAGAUUUCUCGCCACAAACAUUAAAUCUACUUAUGGAAUGGAGACUAAAUUUGUAGUCUCAAACAUAUGAUUUAUUUAGUUUUAUUCAUUGAUCUAUAGUUAGGUUUAUUUUUUAUUUAAUUUCUAAUAUAAUGAUAUCUAUAUUUGAAACGUUGUUUGUAUCUAAACACUAUAUGAAUCUUGUACAUACGUUCACAUUAGUAAUGACUUUUUGAGACUAUCCUUGCAAUUUGAUUUAGAGAAAGUAUGGUUUGUUUAUAUGCAACAAGGAAAUGCAAAUUGUAGAUUCUACAAAACUUAGUAAUUCAAAAAUCGACAUAAUGGUAACUAUUUUUUGCCCCAGUAAUCGAAGAUUCGGGGGCAUAUAGUUUUUGUUCUGUUUGUUUGGCUUUCUGUCUGUUUGUCUGCAAAAACUUUAACCUUGCUCAUAACCUUUGAUUUGUUGGAUCUAGGGCUUUCAUAUUUCAUGUGUAAUUCUUGUGACGAGACCUUUCUUUGGAUACCACCAUAUUUGACCUCUUGAUCUUGACCUAGUAGUUUGACACACUUUUACACAAACUUACCAAACUUUUACCUUGGCCAUGACUUUUGAACGUUGAGGCUAGUGGUUUCAUACUUCACUAAUGUAUUCAUUGUGAUAAAAACUUCUAUUGGAUACAACUAUUUUUGAGCUGUUGACCUUGAACUUUGACACACUUUCGAAAAACUUUAACCUUUACCAUGAGUUUUGAAUGGUUGGACCUAGAGCUUUCAUAUUUCGCAUGUGUAUUUCUUAUGACAAGACCUUUAGUUAGGUACAAAUAAUUUUGAUCUUCUGACCUUGAAGUUUGUCGUACUUUUGAAAAACUUUAACUUUGACCAUAAGUUUUUGAAUGGUUUGUGCUAGGGCUUUCAUAUUUCACAGUAUUUUCCUUGUGAAAAGAACUUUUUUUAGGGUACCAACAAUUCCUAACCAUUUGACCUUGACUCUGGAGUUUGACCUACUUUUGAAAAACUUUAACCUUUGCCAUAACUUUUGUGUGACUUGGUGCCAGAGCUUUCAUAUUUCACAGAUGUAUUCCUUGUGAAAAGACCUUUUCUUAGGUACUAUUAUUUCUGACUUCAUGAUCUUGAGCUUGGAGUUUUACCUACUUUUGAAAAACUUUACCUUGACCAUAAUUUAGGAAUGGUGCUGCAUGUUUCAUAUUUCAUAGGUGUAUUUUUUGUGACAAGACCUUUCUUUGGGUAGCAACAUUUUUGAACUCUUGACCUUGAUAUUGGAGUUUGACUUGCAUUUGAGAAACUUUAACCUUUGCCAUGAGCUGACGUACGGGUGCACCAGUGUUUCACAAACACAUCUUGCUAAUUUUAGUUAUCUUUAAAUUCAGAAAUAUUUUUAUUGCUGGGUUGCAUGUAUUUGUUCAGAAGAAAAGCACAUGACUUUGGACUAUCUGACCUUAACCACUGCUUACUUAGCAGUGUAGUGAUUACGUGUAAGAAUUCAUUAGUAUUGUAAUUUUGAGGAAUGAAACUGAAUUAAUUUCUGAUGAUUCACUUUUCUAUGCCUUUUUUUGAAAGGGGGUGGGGAGGGGGCUUCUUAGUUUGCUGAUGGUUCAUACUUUUAAACUGUGUCUAUUUUUGUUCAUUUUGUUUUGUUUUGAUUUUAUUUAACCUUAUGUCAUACUUUUCGUAUUUUGAUAUACACUUUCAUUAUCAAUAGUGCCAAAGUUCAAAUUUCUCAUUGACAUACCGGAAAUUCACCUACAACAGAAUUUUUCAUUUCCUUGUUUUCUCAUUCAUGUGACUGAAUUUGUUUAUAACUGUGAGAACCGACUAUGUUGAAUAUGUUAAGGAUAUAAUGUAUAACCAUUUCAAUUAAAUUUCCGCAUUCCUUUUUUA